GAAAUGAUGUCUCUUGAUAUAUCUGACAGUGCUCAAAUCUAUGCUGCAUUUGUGGUAUACCUGGACCUCUUAGAAGGGAGAAACUGGCAUGAAGUGAAGCAUGUCGGAGUAGCAGAACUGCAACUUGUAUGUUUACACGCACGUGAAAGAGAACAGGACAGUCUCCAAGUGAUGGUGCCGGUACCUGUGCACAUAUCAUUAAGCCAUGAGAGGAUGAGAGAAAUCAUGAAGAAAGCAUCUCUCCCACAAGACGAUCCCAACACCCCGCUGUCAGUUACCUUGGCUAUAGUUGAGUCAGAUUCCACAGUAGUCUAUUAUAAAAUGACUGAUGGCUUUGUAAUACCAGAUCCUCCCGACGAUACUGAAGAUGUGGACAAUAAACAGUGGAGAAAGAAAAGAAAGAAGCUUUUCAAAUGA